AUGAGUAGCACACUCUCAACAAUCAGCCUACCCUCGAACCAAUACUCGGGCUCCUUUCCAGUUGUCUACGACCACGGUCGAAGUUCGACGCAGCCUCGGAACUCGUUCCGGAACGCGAAAGCAGUGAAAGGUGGCUUCCGACCUCGUCUCGUUGCACCUCUACGCCUGUCUACGACAAGAACACUCACCGCCGAUCCCGUUUCACUGGAUACGGUCUGUCGGAAAGUCAGGGCUUUGCUUAACAAACUUGCCGUGGCAACGUUCGACUCUAUCUCAGAUCAGAUCAUCGAGUGGGCCAACAUGCCUCGAAUGGAGACUGACGCUCGAACGCUCAAACAAAUUAUACAGCUGAUCUAUGGGGCGGUGGACGAAAACGAGUGGUUGGUGGAGAUGCUUGCGCGCCUGUGCAGAAAGAUGAUGGAGCAGAUAAGCCCCGAGGUGCAAGAUAGCAGUGUCAUGAGCGCGCAGGGCUGGCCUAUCACUGGAGGACACCUCUUCCGUAAAUACCUCCUCAACCGGUGCCAGGAAGAUUUCGAGCGAGGCUGGGUAUCGAUGGAAGCUGCUGCGACAUCUAAAACUUUGAGCGACAAGGUGGUCAACGAUAAAGCCACCGCCAACGCUAAAGGGGCCGAGUCGCCCGACGAGGUUGCUUUUUACUCCGAGAAAUAUUACGCCACCCAGAAAGCCAGGCAUCAGGGUCUUGGUCUCAUCGUGUUCAUGAGUGAGCUGUUCAAGUUCCAAAUGUUGACGGAGCGUAUCAUGCACGAGUGCGUGAAGAAAUUGCUCCGAAACUUUGACAACCCUGAGGAGGAAGAGAUCGAGGGUUUGUGCAAGCUACUCUCUACCGUUGGACAAUUGCUCGACACGCCCAAGGCCCGUGCCCACAUGGACGCGUACUUCUUGAGGAUAAACAAUUUGAUGAAGAGUCUCAUCGUAUCAUCGCGCAUGCAAUUUAUGCUCCAGGACAUCAUUGAGCUACGCCAACGCAGAUGGGUCAGCCGCAGCUCAGCCACAGUGCCUACUACACAGGUGUUUCAUGAACUCUCGAGCAAGAUUUUCAGCCAGAUCAACGAAAACUUUAAUGAACUCCUCGGUCUCCGCAAUUCAGACGCAGCGGAGGAAUAUUUUUCGAAUUGGCCACCAUCUCGUCAUGAAGACCUGGUCCGCGCCCUCGUACUGAAGGCCAUCGAGUCGAGGGAGGCUGGUGUUACCCUAAUCGCCAGAGUGUUCGCUCGCGCAGUAUCCAAGAACCUAUGCACACGCACAGCCUUUGAACAAGGAUUCUCUCGUGUCGCCCAAUCUUUGGAGGACAUUGUCAUCGAUGCGCCCAAAGCAUGGGACUUUCUAGACACCAUGGCUAAGGGGGCCGGUCUGACAGAGGAAAGUCAGAGAUGGACAAUGCCAAGGACGGUAAAUGGGAAGAGGACUCCCUUUUCCGUUACUAGUGCCGUCGAUGGCUCUAUCCGAUCAUCCAGCACCAAUGUAGACAUCGAUCCAGCAGAAGAAGUUCGGCAAAUUUAUUCCCUGGCUCUUUUGUUCGGGCACUUGAUACGUGACGACGGUAGCGGAAUUUAUGACAACAAGGAAAUCAUAUCCAAGAAUAUUGCCAAAGAUGCACCCAGCGCUCAAGGGAUCGCAAUACGUGGUACGGAUGGUGUGUCCCGUUCUGGAUCCAUGCCGUCUGGCUCCCCUGCUUUCACUGUGCCGCAACAGGAAGUGGACGACGCCGUGAACACGAUGCAGCAUGGUUCGCACAAUACUGUGCCAUCUAAUAUGCCACAACUCUACGCUGGCCAAAUUGAAGAAUACAGAGCUCGGGAAGCAAGUUGGUCCAAGGAGGUUGAAUUUCUUCGUCGGCAAGUCGCAAUAUGGCAAGAGCUCCAUAAACAAUCAGAAGAUAAACGAAAAGAUGUGACCAUUCACCGCCACCUCGUAGGACAAUCAGACACCAGUCUGUCAUCCGAACUAGCAUUUUCGGAGACAGAGACGUCUAUAACUCUGGAUGACGGCGUAUCGCAAUGGCUUACGUACUCCUCUCCUUAG